CCUAAGAUGAGUGGAAGGGGGAAAACCGGCGGUAAAGCUAGGGCGAAGGCCAAGACUCGCUCUUCCCGCGCCGGGCUGCAGUUCCCUGUGGGCCGUGUUCACAGGCUUCUGCGCAAAGGCAACUAUGCCGAGCGCGUCGGCGCCGGCGCUCCAGUCUACUUGGCUGCCGUCCUGGAGUAUCUGACCGCUGAGAUCCUUGAGUUGGCCGGCAACGCCGCUCGCGACAACAAGAAGACCCGUAUCAUCCCUCGUCAUCUGCAGCUGGCCGUCCGUAACGACGAGGAGCUCAACAAACUGCUCGGUGGAGUGACCAUCGCUCAGGGUGGCGUGCUGCCCAACAUUCAGGCUGUCCUGCUGCCCAAGAAAACAGAGAAGGCGGCCAAGACCAAAUAAAUUGGGUUCUUCUGCCAAAUUAUAAAAACACAAAGGCUCUUUUAAGAGCCACCCACCAUAGCAAGAAAAGUGCAGUUUUUCUUCCUCUCCUUGUGCUAAAAAGUAGAUAGUCGAUCGAUCUUUAGAGGUUAUCGUGUUUACGAUAGAAUGAAAUAUAAUGAUCACAGCUUCACCACGUCCCACGACUGCAUACUGA